AUGUCAUAUUUAAUGAAAGGAUUUAAAUGUCACAGUUCUGUGAUGUGCAAAGUAGCAGGAAGCCUGUUUAGAGCGCACACGUUAAAGAACACGUUCAGCAUCAACGAACAGCUCAAAAUUUCGCGCGCAUCAUCCCAGCUGAGCUCUGCAAAGACAGACUCUUACAGUUACAUCAUUGUGGGGGCUGGCUCCGCAGGCUGUGUGCUGGCCAACAGGCUGACAGAGGACCCGCACAGCUCCGUGCUGCUGCUGGAAGCCGGCCCCAAGGACACCGUGCUGGGCAGCACCCGGCUGAUGUGGAAGAUCCACAUGCCCGCUGCCCUGACAUACAACCUGUGCGAUGAGAAGUACAACUGGUACUACCACACCACCCCGCAGAGGCACCUGGACGGCCGGGUGAUGUACUGGCCCCGGGGCAGGGUGUGGGGCGGCUCCUCGUCCCUCAAUGCCAUGGUCUACAUCCGCGGGCACGCCGAGGAUUACAACCGCUGGGACAGGGAGGGCGCUCGGGGCUGGGACUACGAGCGCUGCCUGCCCUAUUUUAAGAAGGCACAGACGCACGAACUGGGGCCGGAUCGGUACAGGGGUGGGAAUGGCCCCCUGCACGUGUCGAGAGGGAAAACAAACCAUCCUCUCCAUCAGGCGUUCCUGGAGGCUGCCCAGCAAGCCGGGUAUCCCUUCACGGAUGACAUGAACGGGUACCAGCAGGAAGGCUUUGGCUGGAUGGACAUGACUAUACACAAAGGUCAAAGAUGGAGCACAGCUAGUGCUUAUCUUCGCCCAGCCAUAUCACGCCCAAAUUUCUCAGUUGCAGAGAAGACACUUGUAACAAAAAUCUUGUUCCAAGGAACAAAAUGCAUUGGUAUUGAGUAUGUGAAAAAUGGGCAAAGGAAAAAGGUUUUUGCCAAUAAGGAAGUUAUUUUAAGUGGAGGUGCCAUAAAUUCUCCCCAGCUGCUUAUGUUGUCUGGAAUUGGAAAUGCAGAUGAUCUAAGAAAACUGGGGAUCCCUGUUGUUUGCCAUCUUCCUGGAGUAGGGCAGAACCUGCAAGAUCAUUUAGAAGUGUAUGUCCAGCAGAAGUGCACCAAACCUAUUACUCUGUACAGUGCACAAAAGCCACUGAACAUGGUGAGGAUUGGUCUCGAAUGGCUCUGGAAGUUUACAGGUGAGGGAGCCACUGCCCACCUGGAAUCUGGGGGUUUCAUCCGGAGCGAGCCCGGGGUGCCUCACCCCGACAUUCAGUUCCACUUUCUCCCUUCCCAGGUGAUUGACCACGGUCGGGUUGCUCCCACUAUGGAAGCUUACCAGGUCCACGUGGGACCCAUGAGGAGCACAAGUGUGGGAUGGCUGAAGCUGAAGAGUUCAGACCCAAAUGACCACCCCAUCAUUGAGCCCAACUACCUGUCAACAGAAAGAGAUAUUUGGGAAUUCCGCCAGUGUGUCAAGUUGACCAGAGAGAUCUUUUCUCAGAAAGCUUUUGAAAAAUUUCGUGGGCCUGAAAUUCAACCAGGAAAUCAUGUUCAGUCUGACAAAGACAUAGAUGCCUUCAUAAGGCAGAAGGCUGAUAGUGCUUAUCAUCCUUCCUGCACCUGUAAAAUGGGUCAGCCUUCAGACAGCACCGCCGUAGUGGAUCCCCAAACAAAAGUCAUUGGUGUUGAAAACUUGAGAGUGGUUGAUGCUUCAAUAAUGCCCAGUGUUGUCACUGGAAACUUGAAUGCCCCAACUAUCAUGAUAGCAGAGAAAGCUGCAGAUAUAAUUAAGGGCCUGCCAUCGCUUCAGGAGAAGAAUGUUCCUGUAUAUAAGCCCAAGACCUUGGAAACACAGAGAUAA